CAAUGGAACAAAUACAGAUGUUUAAUACUAAAAAUGAGUCAAUGGUAUUGACAGAUAAGCAGUUGAAAGCGUUCCUUAAAGAACAACAUUCACUCGGUAAAUUGCUCUACUUUGACGUAGCCAAUCUUCGACAUUUUGUAAUCAUAACACCAGCAUAUUUGGUGGAGGUUCUAAGAUCUAUUGUCACAGAGAAGCAAUUUUGGCCAAAAGGGAAACAAUUACAAAGUAUUUUCCAUACCAUGGAGAAAACAGGAGUACUCAGUCGCGACGAUAUUGAUGUCCUUUGGCACCAACAGAUGUUUAGGCAUAUUCUGUCAUAUAAAGAUUUCAUAAUUGAAGUAUUGGUUCAUCUUGAUGUACUAGUUGCUGAAAGUAGGACAACAAGCGAUUUAAGAACUUCACUUGAUGAUGUUUCAAAAUUUAUUGUCCCAUCAAUGAUUACAAGGCCAAACAACACGAAUUACCUGAGAAACAAAUGCAAGACUGAAACUUCAAUUUUGCUGUCGUACAAGUUCACAGAGAAAGUUAUACCUCCUGCCUUUCCAUACAGAUUUAUUGCUUCUUUUGUAGACAUGUGGGGAGUGAAAAAUUAUGAAAACAAGAAGCGAAUGCUUUUCAGCGAUUUAGCAGUUGUGGAAGUAGACGACAAGCAUGAUGUGGCAGUGCAGGUUAUAGAAAAUAGAGUGGUUGUGUCACUUAUCCAUGCAGAAAUGAAAGAGAACAUUGUUCCAACAAUUGCAACUUCUGUCCAAGAAUGUCUGACUGCAGCUAUUCACAGAAUUUCAGAAUUUUACUCAACUCUUUCAGCAGACUCAUCUACCACAGAUGAAAGAUCGGAGUUACACAUGGUCAUGCCAUUUGAGAUUGAGUUUGGAGUUCAUUGCAAAAAAAGAUUAUGUUUUUUUCUUCAUAACAAAAUACCAACAUCAGCAAAAUGGCAAUGUUCAGAACACAAAGUUCGUCACGAUAUCAGCUGUUUAAAACUAUGGUUUUCAGAAAAGCUGCCUCGUGAAAAAUGUGAUGCAUCUUGCAAUGGGUUAGGAAGAGUUGAAAAGGAACAAUCUCCAUCGGACAGAGCCCUAAGAAGACUUGCUUCUAGUCUUGAAGUAAAAGAAUGUCGAGAAUUGUUAAUCAGACUUGGAUUAGACACAAAAGAUUUGAAUGAUUUACAAGAAAAACUUGCUCACUCGGCUUUUCAUGUAAAUGAUUUCAAAUACACAGCCAUGUUAAUAUGGAAGACAAGCGUGACUGAUUCGUCCUUCAAGACCAUUGAAGAUAAGUUUGGUGAAAUAGACAAACACUUACUUUGUGAGGUGAAUAGAGAUGUAAAUGUGGAUGAUGUGCUGAAGAAAUUUAAUAUUCUAGAAGAUCGAGCGAACACAACACCUACGAACGCUACAUUGCAAGAAUUGUCAAAUCAUAUCGGAAAUAGCAGCAUGCAGCUAGGAGUAGAACUAGGAUUGCGGAGCGCUGAGAUUCAAGAAAUUCAAAACGAUCAUAGCUGUAAACUGUUACAUCAGAAUAAAGAAAUAUUAAGAAUUUGGAGCCAAUCAAAAUUUCCAAAGCCAACGAUUAAAGAACUGAUUAAAGCUUUACAACGAAUUGGAAAAAUCGAUUGCCUGCGGGAAAUAUUGUUUUAAACAGUUCUUAACAACUUUUGUAAAUGUAGA